AUGAUUCAAUUCGGAGGUGCGGGUACUCUAUCAUCUCUGGGAUCGGGUGACGAGAUGGUCGCAGACUUUGAGCGUGCGUCUGGACCCUGGCACCUUGAGUGGGUAGCUAUCCCCGAGAGCUUUGCGAUUGCUGUUGGUGCUCUAUCACAAACUCAGUUUGCACUCUCUGGUCUUUCAGUCAACAGCAAUCAAAUGCUGAAGAAUCUUCACUCCACUCAAGGGCUUAUGGUUACGGAGGCGACUAUAAUGGGACUGGCACCGCAUUUUGGACGCCAAAGAGCCCAUGACAUCGUUGAUGAAGCUUGCAGGAGGCCCAUUGAGAAGUAA